AUGAAAACGGCUUCAGUCUUGCCCAAAUCCGAGGCCAAGGACGAGACGAGUUUGGGCUCCUCGGACUAUGCCUGGGAACGCGUAGAGGAAAGCACGGCACGCAGGAAAAUUGACUUUUGUGUACUGCUUCCGCUCUUCCUGGGAAUGAUCAUGUUCCAGCUGGAUCGCAUGAAUGUUGCAAGCGCACUCACUGGGGGCUUUGCGGAGGAUAUAUCUAUUGAUCAAGAUACCAUCAAUCUAGGAAAUCAACUUAUGUUCCUUGGGAUCAUCGUGUUGGAAAUCCCUUCCAAUAUGGUACUCCAGCGGAUCGGACCUUGCAAAUGGAUCCCCAUCCAGGUAUUUGUUUUUGGGCUCACAGCAAUUAUGCAGCUUUUUGUGCGCAACCGCGCUGGAUUUCUGGCCGUUCGUAUGCUCCUGGGGCUUGUGGAGUCUGGCUACAUCCCGGGUUCGCUCUAUACUUUAUCAACCUGGUAUCCCCCCCAUGAGCUGGGUAAGAGAGUGGCAGUGCUAUUCUUUGGCAUGUUCGGGGGAAAUGCGAUAUCGCCUCUCCUGGGUGCGGGAAUCCUACGCUUGCAUGGAGCCAUCGGGAUGAAGGGCUGGCAACUGAUAUUUCUGAUUGAGGGUCUGGUUACACUAUCAGUUGCAUUGCUUCUAUGUUUUAUUCUGCCGCAAAGCCCUGCAUCUCCCAAACCACUGCUGCUAAAUGGGUUACUUCGGCUGUCCGAUCGAGAACGGCAUAUUGUCAAAUCAAGGUUGGGGUUGGAUAACGGGCCAUUCUCUGAUCAUGGCCGCAUAAAAACUGGAAUCUCUUGGACAAUUCUGCGGGACACCGUUCUCAACUACCGCCGAUGGCUUCACUUUAUCGCCACGCCUUGCGUCUUCUCAACCUGGAGCCCUUUGACCACGUACACUCCAAGCAUCAUGAUGUCUCUUGGUUUCACUAGAGUCCAAGCCAAUGCGCUCAGCGCCAUCGGUGCGCUAUUAGCUUUGCCGCUCGUGUUCUUCUUCGCCUGGAUGAGCGACCGAACUAAAAGACGAGGUCUACCGGUCAUCGCCGCUAUCCUAUGCUAUCUUGUUGCCCUAGCCAUAGCUAGAUCUAUCUUGCCCCGUGCGUCGAAAUGGACCCGGUUUGGAAUGUGGACCAUGAUCAACGCAUUUGCUGUGUGUUAUCACCCUGCCCACAAUGUCUGGGUACAGCUAAACUGUCAAAACCAAGUGGAGAGGAGUAUUACGAUUUCAAUUGAAUCCGCCCAUCAACCUACGCGUUAUCUGAUCUUUGCGGUAUGUAUAGGGGUGAUGUUCGCCAAUUCCGGUAUGAUGGCCGGAAGUCAGAUAUUUCGUGGAAAUGACGCCCCAGAAUACCUGUCUGGGCUCCUUAUUAUGAUCGCCUUGGUCUCCUCGGGUCUCGUUCUUGCUAUCUUCCAGGAGAUGCUUUACUUGACGCUCAACUCACGUUUGCGACGUAGUGGAUCCAAAGCUAUGUACACUCCGUGA